AUACAUCCUGCUUACUGUAUUGUCACCAUGAAGUCACAAAAGGUGAAAAUUUUCGUACAACUGAUCGUUAGUUUUACCAUACUGUGCACCUUACCAACAGUACGGGCUCUAAAAUGUUCCGAAGUAGAAUACUGCAGCGCUCUUAGAAACAGACCCCCAGCCAACCUCUACAUCGUCGACGUCUACAGCAUCCAAAUCGACGACAUGGGAAUCAUAAGAUUUAACCUUUUGGCGAGGAGCGGCAUCGAAGACCUAGAAGUGAACGUUUUUGCCUACAAAGACGACAUUCUUCGCGUCAAAAUAAAAGAAUUCAACUCCACAAGAUUCGAAUUGUCUGACGUUUUUGCCGGAGCGCCAAACUUAGCAGGAGUCCAGUCUGUAAACACCGAAGCCACGCAGAUGACCAUCACCACCAACAUCGGGUCGAGACUUCUAGUAAAAUUCAGCCCUUUUAAUCUAGAAUUCUACAGAAACGACGUACUAGAACUAUUACUAAGCGGAGAUCGUUUAUUCAUCGACAAUCCCACCAAUAGUCAGUCCUUCAGUGUUGGUCUGGUUUUCCCCGAAUCCGACCAUCUGUACGGUCUGCACCAGCACGCCACCGGUUUGACCCUCAGGAACACUGAAGCAGCUGAACCGUACCGACUCUUCAACAUAGAUCACCCAAAUUACCCCAUCAACGACACCGACUCCAUCUAUGGAGUAGUACCGGUGAUGUACGGCCACGGCCCAGAAUUUACCGCUGGAAUAUUCUUGCACAACGCCGCCCAACAAUUCGUCGACAUAACACACAACACCGAUGGUCAAAACAUGGCGGUGUUCAUGGUGGAAGCCGGUACUCUGGACUUGUUUGUCUAUUUAGGACCCACGCCGGCCGAAGUCCUGAGGCAGUACCUUUUAAUAACGGGAACUCCAUACAUGCCUCCGUUGUGGUCCCUAGGGUACCACCAAAGCCGCUACAGCUACUACACCCAAGAAGAAGUCAAAGACAUUGUAGCAAACUUCGACAACUACAACUUCCAGAUUGAUGCAAUCUGGUUGGAUAUUGAUCACACCGAUGCCAAAAAGUACUUCACGUGGGCGCCCCAAAAUUUCAGUGACCCAAUAGAAAUGCAGCAGAAUUUGACAGCUACCAAUCGCAAACUCGUAGUUAUAAGUGACCCACACAUCAAGGUGGAACGAGGCUAUAGCGUGUACGACGGUGCCCUUGAAAACGAGCUGUUUGUAAAAAAUCCAGACGGUUCUGCGUUUGAAGGAGAUUGUUGGCCGGGUACUAGUAGUUGGAUCGAUUUCUUACACCCGGAAGGGCGCGCUUAUUACGCCAGUCGGUACUUGUACGAAAACUACCCAGGUACUACGCCUACUCUUGCCGGGAUUUGGAACGACAUGAACGAACCUGAGGUUUUCGGUGUUGAUGAGAAUGUGAUGCCUGGUGAUACAGUACACUAUAGAGAUGUCUUGCAUAAGGAACUACACAACGCGUACGGAAUGUUGCAAACUCGUGCCACCCAUGAUGGUUUAAUGGAAAGAGAUAACCGCACCGCUCGUCCUUUCGUUCUUUCCCGGUCACACUUUGCCGGGUCGCAACGAUACACAGCCAUCUGGACUGGCGACAGUACAAGUACUUGGGAGUACCUCGAUAUUAGUUACGCCAUGUGUUUAAACUCCAACUUAGUCGGAAUAGUGUUCUGUGGAGCUGACGUUGCCGGUUUUAAUAGUGAUCCAGAUGAUGAAUUGUAUCAAAGAUGGUUCCAAGCGGGUGCUUGGUUGCCUUUCUUCCGCGUGCAUUCGCACGAAACUACGAAAAGACGUGAACCGUAUGUAUUUUCUGAUGAUGUACAACAAGUAGUACGAAACGUUAUACAACUGAGGUACAAGCAUUUACCCGUGUGGUACACCCUUUUCCACGAACACAUCGCAUACAAAACGCCGGUUAUUCGACCUUUGUUCUUCCAAUAUACGUACGAUACUAACGUUUUUGCUAUUUAUAACCAGCUUUUAGUGGGAACGGAUAUUAUGGUACGAGCUGUUAGUGAGCCUGGAGUGAGUUCAGUACCGGUGUAUUUCCCGGGUGGUUCCAACGAGUACUGGGUUUCUCUUGAUGGUUCUACUGUAUACCAAGGAAGUGGAAAUUAUGUAGAUAUUCCUGUUACUAUAAACACGAUACCAAUAUACUAUAGGGCUGGUAGUGUGAUUCCCCGAAAAGACACGAUUAAACCGACUUCAACUGACAUGUAUGAUGAUGGGUACACACUAAUUGUCAAUCUAGACAGCAGUAAUCAAGCCCAUGGUACUGUUUACCUAGACGACACUACUUCCCUCUUCUAUUUAAAUUACGUAGAGUAUAAUUACUUGAGUCUAGACUAUUCAGGUGGCGAAUUAACCUUCACGAAAAUUGACAGUCAUGCCAAUUCUGGGCAAUUUGAUUUAGUCGUGGAUGUGGUGGUGACCCAUCAAAUUACAGAACUACCUUCGGAUGGAAAACCCGGAAAAUACGUUGAAACAAGAUACGAAGUUGACUCUUCUGGAAAUUUACUCAAAAAUAUGAAAUUUAAUUUCAAGAAUGCCACAAAGUUGUCUUUGAAACUACAAUGAUUAAAUAUGUAAAACUGAAAAUAAAACGCUGACCUUACUGAUGAAAAGAA